GCUCCAAGUCGAAGUCGAAGCCGUCUUCAGCUUCCCCACACUUCCGCUUCCACCGCGAAAUCCCGAGCUCGACGAACGAACACCCAUGGCCACGGCGCCAGCCGCCGCUCCGCCCCGCCGCGUGGUCGUCUGCGGGGGCGGCGUCGUGGGCGCUUGCACGGCCUACUUCCUCUCCACCCACGCGGCCUCCCCGACCGUCCCGACCCUCAUCGAGAAGUCCUCCCCGGCCUGCGCCGCCUCGGGCAAGGCCGGCGGCUUCCUCGCCCUCGACUGGUCCGAUUCCACCCCGUCCCUCUCCGCCCUCGCGCGCGCCUCCUUCGCGCUCCACGGCCGCCUCGCCGCCGCCCUCGACGGCGCCGACGCCUACGGCUUCCGCCCCGUCCACACCCUCUCCGUAUCCCUCCCCUCCCAUCCCAUCUCGCCCUCCUCGCCGCCUCACCCGCUCCUCCCUCCCUGGGUCGACCCCUCCGCCUCCGCCGCCCCGCCGCGGGAGCUCGGGACCCCGGCCACCACGGCGCAGGUCCACCCGGGCCUCUUCACCAAGGCCGUCCUCGCGGCCUCCGGUGCCGAGGUCGUCAUAGGCGAGGUGGAGCGCGUGGUGCUCGGCCCAGACGACCGCGUCGCCGGCGUCCAGGUCAAGGGCCGCGGCGUGGUGGAAGCCGACGCCGUCGUGCUCGCGCUCGGGCCCUGGUCCGGCCGGUUCGAGAUGGUCAGGGAGGUGUUCGACGUCUCCGGGCUCAAGGCGCACAGCAUCGUGCUCCGGCCGCGUGACCCCGACAAGAUCACGCCGCACUGCCUGUUCCUCAGCUACCAGCCGGAGCCCGGCGCCAAGAUGCUCGACCCCGAGGUCUACCCGCGGCCCACCGGGGAGGUGUACAUUUGUGGAAUGACCAAGGAUGAGGAUGUCCCAGAUGACCCAGCGACGAUUGUCGGCGAGCCCGACUCGAUUGCGAUGCUUCACAAGAUCGCCGGGAGGGUGUCCAGCCAGUUGAAGACAGAGGAGGGGGCAGAGGUGGUCGCUGAGCAGGCGUGCUACCUGCCGUGCACCAAUGACGGGCUACCGGUCAUCGGGGAGAUGCCUGGGGUGAAAGGAUGCUACGUAGCCACCGGGCACAGCUGCUGGGGCAUCCUGAAUGCUCCGGCCACCGGUGCAGCUCUAGCGGAGCUCAUCCUCGAUGGACAGGCCAAGACUGUUGAUCUCACGCUGUUCAGCCCGGCGAGAUUUCUCAAGAAAAGGAGGCGCUGAGUGUAAUCAGAUGAGUGUUUGUAUGAUCUGGGGUCCAAACUUGGCAACUGAAUAAAAAGCUACACAGUUGUAAUCUUUGUGAAGAGAGAGCAAAGGAUGUACUGAUGAAUAAACCUUGAACACUUGUUGUUUGCUUUCA